AUAUUAUUCAGCCAUAUUCCAGGGUAUGCCACUCUUAGUGAAGAUUUCUGAGAGAGGAAUAAGCAUGUCUGGAGGGAAUUCCUGUUGUUACCCAUUUUACAGAAGAGGAUCUAUCACUUAUGCAGGGGAGCACAGGUUGUUGUCCUAUAAAGCUGUUCAAGUUCCUCUCUUCACAAGAACAUCUUCCUGCUCUCCCUGCUGUCCAUAAACAUUAUGUUAGAUCGAGAUGAAGGGAGACACACACCAUACAUGGUGCAACCAGAGUACCGAAUAUAUGAAAUGAACAAGAGGCUGCAGUCGCGAACGGAGGAUAGUGACAACCUCUGGUGGGAUGCCUUUGCAACUGAAUUUUUUGAAGAUGAUGCAACCUUAACACUUUCAUUUUGUUUGGAAGAUGGACCAAAGCGAUACAGUCUCUGUUUUGCUUACCCCAAGCUAUGCUCAUACUCUGCUAUUCUCUUAUGGAUGCUCUUGGCAUCUCCCAAGAACCAUAAGGACACCCAGUACCUCUAUUCCAAGCUGGUGAAAUUGCUGAUCAGGGGCUGUGGCUCCUCUUAGGUGAGUAUGGCACAUGGUUGCAGCACAAAGCCUGGAGUAUUGAAAGCAGUGAAACAAAAGUGCCCUUUCCUUCAUCUGUGCUGUCUCCAGCAAGACACCUGCCUCCUUGCCUAGUGUGUAUGCUCUUUGAGAUGGAGAGGGCAUUAAACACAUUGGAACUGGCUGAGAGGAAAGAGAAAAGACAAAUUGUUCUUACUCUUGCCGGCACAGACUGUAAUGGAGGGAAUCAAGAUAAGGCCCCUGAAAAGAGAAAAAGGCAUCCUAUGAGAAGUUGUUUAUAAAGUUGAAAGUGAUGAAAGAUGCUGACCUCUUGCCUUUGCUGUAGGGUUCAGGUCAAAAUUGCCUGCCUUUGUCUUGCUUCAGCCUGUGAGAGCUUUGCUUGCAUCUUUGACAUUGGUUGUGGCCACCACCUUAUUUUUUUUGCUUUGGGCAAUGGUUUCCCUCUUCUGAGAUCUAAAAUACUCUCUUUUGGAACAAACAAAUAAGAAAAAAAAAAACCUUGUAAGUAUGCAUGUGUGGAAAGGACAAAAAGUUUUUUGCUGUCCAUGGCCUCAUUUUUCUCUGCAUUAUGGCAAUUCCCAGUCCAUUUCCCCCCUUCUUCUCAGAGGCUAUCCAGAACUUGUAUUAAGCCAUCAGAGACACAAGAAGCAUGAUGUUUUGCCCCAGGUUCCUCCUUCAAAGCCCCUGGAGAAUGUUGUGGGAGGCUGCUGGGAACUAAGCAUGAGUGCAGUUCCCAAAUUCCUUUGGGGGCUUUUUUCCUGUGGUUGCUUUAAACUUUUCCUUUUGUAUCAUUGCCUGUUUCACAUCUGGCUCUCUCUGUCCUCUGCUCUUACCUGAACAGUCCAAUUCUACAGCCAAUGCAAAUGUUUAGAGCAGGCCUGUAAAUCAGUGUUUGUGUAAGUGGUAGAAGAUUUUUUU